AAAUCGUUAUAUGUCUUUUGUAUUUUAACGGGAGCAGAAACAACAGCAACGUGUACAUGUGGGUCCAUCGGAAACACGUAUUCAAUGGGUGACAUGUUGGUAGAUGACCAGGUGUGCGGAGUUUGUGCCAAUCAUGGAUUUGGCAUACGGUGCUACGGAAGUCUAGAUGGGACAUGCGCGUUAAAUAGCACUGUGGCCAAGGCAGGAGACCCUGCAUGCCUGUACAACUUGAAGAUCUAUUUAGUUGGAGAUGUCUUUGCUACACUAGAUGGUUGUAACAAGUGUCUUUGUACAGAACGUGGCAUGCAGUGUACAAUGAAGGCGUGCAGUUCAGCAGGAUUUGCAACGCCAAGUAAAGAGCCCAUAUACGGGGAAUGCUUGUACAAUGGUGGGUGGUACAGACAUCAGACCCAGUGGUUGACACGUGAUGGAUGUAACACGUGUUACUGUCAUUCUAUUGGGAACUACCAAGGAGGUUACGAGUGCACAAAAAGUAAAUGCCCUUGCAGUGCAGUAAACCAACCUGAAAUCACGGGUUAAUUUGGAACUGCAAUACUUUUAUAGAAAUCAUAUGCUAAAUAAAGUUAACCGAAAAAUAA